CCGGGAUGCUGCUGCCGCUGCUGCGGGGCGGCUGCUUCCCGUCCUCCUCUCACGGCGGCGGUGGCGGCGGCGGCGGUGCGGACGCGGGAGGAGGGGGCCGGCCUGCGGCGCAGCUGCAGCGCGGACGCUGCGGGCCGCCGGGGCCUGUAGAGCUGCCGGACGCCGAGCCCGGGGCUAACGGCCUGCGAGCGGCGGAAGCCGAGGGGGCGGCGGAGCCCGGGGCGCGCGGCGGAGCCGGGCGGGGGCCGCAUGCGUGCAUGGAUCCGGGCGCCGCGCUGCAGAGGCGGGCCGCGGGCUCCCCAGCGCUGUCGGGCGGCCAGGCGCGCCGAAGGAAGCAGCCCCCCAGGCCGGCCGACUUCAAGCUGCAGGUCAUCAUCAUCGGCUCCCGCGGCGUGGGCAAGACCAGUCUGAUGGAGCGCUUCACCGACGACACCUUCUGCGAGGCCUGCAAGUCGACCGUGGGUGUUGACUUUAAAAUCAAAACUGUAGAACUAAGAGGAAAGAAAAUUAGGUUACAAAUCUGGGACACAGCAGGUCAGGAGAGAUUCAACAGCAUUACCUCAGCUUAUUACAGAAGUGCCAAGGGGAUCAUAUUAGUAUAUGAUAUCACAAAGAAGGAGACAUUUGAUGAUUUGCCAAAAUGGAUGAAGAUGAUUGAUAAGUAUGCUUCAGAAGAUGCAGAACUUCUCUUAGUUGGAAAUAAGUUGGACUGUGAAACUGACAGAGAAAUCACCAGACAGCAAGGUGAAAAGUUUGCACAGCAGAUAACUGGGAUGCGGUUCUGCGAAGCGAGUGCCAAGGAUAAUUUCAAUGUGGAUGAGAUAUUUCUGAAACUUGUUGAUGACAUUCUGAAAAAGAUGCCUCUGGAUAUUUUAAGGAGUGAGUUGUCCAAUAGCAUCCUCUCUUUGCAACCAGAGCCUGAGAUUCCGCCAGAACUGCCUCCACCGAGACCGCACGUCCGAUGCUGUUGACUGGCUACUUUGGAGACAAAGUGGAAACUAUUCCUGGAAAGGGGAAAAUGUUCUGUUCUGCACUACAAUCAUUUUGACAAUUUCCUUUCGCACUUUGUAACCCAAGUCAGAGCUAUACACUAACUUGUAAAUAUGCAAAUAUGCACUCCUGGGUAGUUUUGGUUACAAAUUACAUAUUUCCCUCCAAAUUAUUUUAUUUCGCUCAUUAUCCCAGUGUCUAGUGUGCACACACUGGGAGACAAAGUACUUCUAAUAUGAAGAGUGGGAGAAAUGAAAGGUAUAAUGUUUCUUGAAAUAAAUAAUAUAAUUGUCCUUAAUUAUAUUAUGAGGACAGAAGAUACUAAUAAGAAAGAAUGUGGUGCUUUGCUUGCCGUUUUAAAGAAAAUUUGUAAAACUAAAGAUUUUGGCAGGAGAAGCUAUCUUAAGUGCUUUUUCUUUAUUUACAAGAUAUUUCCCCUAGCUGUAGCAUCUCUGAAGUAUUAGGGUGUUUCUUCCACAAAGCAGAGCUCCAUUCAUACUGUCAUUGAAGGCUAUUUAUUAACGUUACAUAAUGGUAGAAUAUUAUUAGAGGGAAGCAUUUGACUUGGUUCUGAGGCCACAGAGUCUCUCUCAUGGUUUCCUAAUAGACAUACCCUAUGCUUUUAAAACUACAAAGAUUCAAUAAAGAAAGAAGUGUUUUUGAAACUAUAGAAGAUUUUAAAAACAACGCUGCUGUCCUAAACAAAUCCUGUUUAAAGGAAUUUUAAAGAGAUACAUCUUACUAUGUCAAAAGAACAUACAUGUAUUUGCCUAAACAUCCUACACCUUUGUAAUGGUAAAAUUCUGCCCCUUAAAAGUGAAGUUUAUUCUUAACAAGCCCAGACUGUGUUCUUUUUUUUUGAAUUUGUGAACUCUAUCUUUGGUAUAUCUUUUAUUAAACUGCACUGUUUUGUUUAGUCAAGGUAUAUAAGUGAUUAUGUAUUUGAGUAACUUGGUGUGUCUUUUGAGUGUUGUGGUAUGAAAAGCAUUGUGGUCUUUCUACACUAAUGAAGUACAAAUAAAAUUUUGUAUUUAUGAAUGACAGUUGAGUUAACAAAUUUAUUUAUACAAUUAUAAAUUGUUUAUCUGAAAACAUUCUUCAGAAACACUACAGUUUAAUCUUCUGAGUGUUUUAGAAAAGGAAGAUACGGUGCCAUUUGCUGUGGAAAACAGCUGGCAGCUUCUCAAAAGGUUAAACAUAGGGAACUGUAAUAGAUUCCUGAAAUUCCAAUUCUAGGUAUAUACCAAAAUAAAGAUUAAUAGCAGGGACUCAAACAGAUACUUAUAUAGCAGUGUUCAUAGAAGCAUUAUUCACAGUAGCCAAAAGGUGGAAACAUGUUAAAUGUCCACCCAAAGAUUAAUGGAUAAACAAAAGUAUGUACAAACAGUAGAAUAUUACUCAACCUUAGAAAGGGAAAUUCUGACAUGCUCCAGCACAGGUGAACCUUAAGGACAUUAUCUAAGUGAAAUAAAUCAGUCACAGAAGAACAAAUACUAUAUGAUUCCACUUACAAUGGGGUCCUUAAGGUGGUCCGAAUUCACAGAGACAGAAAGGAUGAUGGUUGCCAGGGGCUGGCAGAAGGGGUGUGGGGGAGUCAGUGUUUAAUGAGGACAAUUUGGGAUGAUGGAAAAGUUCUGGAGAGGAAUCAUGGAGAUUGUUGUGCACUAUGUAAAUGUACCAAAUGCCACUGAACUGCACAAUUUGAAAUGGCUUGUAUUACUGCCCUCAGGAAAAUUGCCAAUUAAUGUAUGUGUGUCCAUAUAAAUGGAGAACAAAAUCCAAGAAAGUAUGAAUAAAAAUCACCUAAGAUUCCAAGA